AUGGUAUUCAAAAAAGGAACAAAUUCUAAAGCAUCAACAACAGCUUCAAAUGAAACUGAUAUGGAUACAAAACAUAUGCGAUUAAGAGAUCAAGAUGAAGAAAAUCAAGAUCAAAAUGAAAAUAAUGAACAUUCAGAUUCAAAAAAAGAUGCUUCUGAUAAUAAUACGGCUGCUGAACCAAUUCGAAAAUCUGAAGUUGAAGUACUUCAAGAAGAAGCAGCUGAUUUUCUUGAACAUGCAAAUAAAAAUUCUCGUAUCAUUGAAGAAUUAUUAGAAAAAGAUAUCGAAAAUAAAACAUCAUCGAAACCAACUGAUCCUCGAAGUGGCAAACACCAAUCACCUAAAAUGACGUCUGAACAAGACGAAGGAGAAGAUAAUACAGAAGAAGAUGAAAGCAAAUCUACUUCUAAUAAACGUAAAGGUGCUGCACAAAAAAAGACAACAAAUGAUGAUACCGAACAAAAAGAAACCGGUGAUGAUAAUACUGAAAAUGAAGGUACAUCACCCAACAAGAAAGCAAAAGGUAGACCUGGCCGUAAACCAGCUCCAAAAAGCAAAACUAAUAGUCAAGAAGCUGAUAAUGAAACUGGUACUGGCGAUGAUGAUAAUAAUGACAAUGAAGCUGCAUCAUCAUCAACGGACAAGGCCAAGGGUAAACGUGGUCGCAAGCCUGGUCAAACUAAUAAAAAUACAAAAAGUGAUCAAGAAGUUACUGGUGAUGAUGAAAAUGAUACUGAAAAUAAAAAUGCUUCACCAAGUAAAAUGGCUAAAAAUAAAUCAAAUGAAAAAAAUAAGAAUAAUAAUCAAGAAAUCGACAAUGAAACUGGUACUGGUGAAGAUGAUGAUAAUGAAAAUGAAGAAAAAUCACCAAAUAAGCGAGGUCGAGGUCGACCUGCUCGUAAACAAGGUGCAAAAACAACAGCAUCAAAAAAAGAUACCGAUCAAGAAGCUGAAAAUGUUACUGGUGAAGAUAAUACUGAAAGUGACGGCCAAUCACCAAAUAAAAAAGCUAAAGGUAGACCAGGCCGUAAAGCAGGUCAAACCAAUAAAAGUACAACAAAGAAAAAUACUGAUCAAGAAGCUGAUAAUGAUACUGCUACUGGUGAUGACGAUAAUGUUGAAAAUGAAGAUGCAUCACCAAGUAAGAGAGGCCGAGGUCGACCAGCUCGUAAACAAGGCCAAAAAAAUAAAAAUAACGAUCAAGAAGUUGAUCAUGAUUAUGAAAUGAAAGAUGAAAGUGAAACAACUUCAUCAAGUAAAAAAGCUUCAACUACUCGUAAAGGUAAAGGUAUUGGUUCACCAGAAAAAGCUCAUGAAAAUGAUGAAUCUGAUAAAAUGGCUGAAGAUGAACUCGGCUUAUCUGAAGAUGAAAAUUCAGCUGAUGAUAAGCAAAAUAAUGCAACAACAAAGAAAGGACCAACAAAACGAUCUGCUCCAUCAUCAGACAAGAAAACUGGUAAAAAACGCAGUGCUGAAGAUGAUCCAUUUGAAGAUCGAACAAAUGAUAAUGAUAGUGCAGAAGCUGAAGUUAAUUCUGAAGAUGAUGAACCACCAGCUAAACAAGCAAGAAAAGGUCGUCCAGCUAAUAAAGCUCCAUCAUCAGGUAGUAAAACAAAUGGUCGUCCAGCCAAAAAAACCAAAACUUCAUAA